UUUCUUCUUCGCGUCUACAUUGGAAGGCACAAGCUUUUUUUCAUGUUCUUGGAACAACCCCAUCCCAUCUCUAGGUUUGAUUCGAUUUCGCCUGGGAACAAUUUCCAUCUCCAAUCUUCAUUCUCUCGGUCUCCCUAUCUUGCUCGGCGAUUCUAUACCCUCUGGAGUGGAGUCUCCGGCCGCAGAGGGAGACUUUAAAAGGGGGGAAAAAAAACUCCCUUUGACAAUCUACGCUCCCACCCAUUAAGAUUCUGCAGGAGUUCUUCUCAAACGCCCGCUGCCCAGAAGCGCCUUUCCUUGUAUCGGUACUGUCUCUUUCAUUCGCAUCUUCAAGCCAUCCCUUGUGGGGGUGCUUUUGGAUUUCCAGCGAGGGCUAGCAUGGAUUUCGGGGCUCCAUAGCACCGAAAAGGAUGAUAUCUUUGAGGGAGGUUUGGAGGAGGCAUAGGAGAAAGAUUUUGUUUGGUGCGGGCAUUUUAGGUAGUGGGUACUUUCUGUAUAAGCUUUAUGAUUCUCGUAAGAAGCAGCUUUUGGAUCUUGAAGAGGUGUUGGCCGGUGAGCGCGAAAACGAGGAAAUCGUUAAGGCUCAUAUGCAAACCCAUUUCGAGAAUAUCCAAAGAAUAGCCAAUACAACAACCAUGCCUCAUGCAAUGCACUAUUUAAGUAGCCGGAUAGUGGAAGAGUUGGACUUGACGCACUUGACGGAAAGGUUAAUGAGAGGAAAGGGUCAACCCAACACGUUGACGUCUGCAGAGAAACUUGAAUUGUGGGAUCAACUGAAAAUUCUGAGUUUCACGAGAAUGUUGGUCUCAGUUUGGGCAAUGACAAUACUCAGCUUAUACAUCAGAGUUCAAGUCAAUAUCCUGGGGAGACAUUUGUAUAUUGACACUGCUCGAGGCCUUGGAAGCUCUCAAUUACUCGAUGAUGCUGAUCUCAUUGACGUGGAGGACCAGCAGAAGUUCCUCGCAAGCGCUGAUUUUCUCUCCAGUCAUGGCAUGCCAGCCUUGAUAUAUAAUAUGCAGGCAGCAGCCACUGAAGUUCUCAAGGGGAAGCAAUUGCGUGACUUCUUCGACAAUGCGGCGCUGCAUGAAACAAUUAUACAAAUACUCGACACCUUCAUGAUCAUGGGAAGCCCCCAUCAGUGGGUGGGCUAUUUGAUGCCUGAGGACACUAGAUUGUAUAAGAUCAGCAACACUUCCGGCAACGAGGAUAUGAUUGUCCCUGAUUUUACCAAGUUUGACCAGCUAAUGGUAGAGGCUCGAACUGUGAUAUCAAGUGCCGAAUUUGUGGGCGUAGUCAACGUGUCGUUGAAAAUGGUUGUGCGUGCACUGGUCGAGGAAUUUGGACUUCAAGCCGGAGGAAGCACUGCGGCUUCAGGGAUACCACUAGCUAAACUCGUACCUCGAGUGGCACAGAUGGGGCCUCUCCUUCUUGAAGAACCGAGCAAGAACCGUUUCAUCCAGAUAAUUAGAGACUCUCCAGAUGUCGAACUGUUCUUCACUCUUCUAUACGCGAAUAUGCCGAAUUCAUAGAAAGGCAAGCGGGCAUAGUCUGUAGUUUAAAUUCACCCGCAGAACGGACACUUCUAUGUAAAAAGAAAAGAAAAGGAAAGAAAAGCUCGAAAGGAGCUAGGUUUGGUAAUUUUUUUCGGUUAGGUUUCGACACUUCCAGAGGAAUAAUGAGGGAAGAUGAGUGCCGGUUGGGUGCAUCAUUCAUGUGAUUCUUUUUCUCAGGUACUUCUUAUGUGUGCGAGCAGAUGUAUUGUUGUAGUGCUGAACUCUUCCUAAGAUGAAGUUUGGUGGUGGAGGUUAACUCUGUCCAAAGUUGCCUAUUAUGUCCUCCUUAUGUGUACCCAAUUUGUCCAGAAAUGGUUCCAGAAAACCUUGAGGCUUCCUGACUCUCUUUACUUUUCUUAUGAAAAUAAUUAUGUUCUAAGGGAUUGACAUUUCUCGUGGUUU